AUGAGCUGCGGCCGGCCCAAGGACAUGGAAGCCGCCGCUGCCGCCUCUGCUCACUUCAGCUUCUGCCGCAGCCUCCUGGAGCACACGGUGUCGGCCGAAAACCUCAGCUACCGCCUGCAGCGCAACCCGGGCAGCAGCCUCACCUGGCACGACGGCCGCAGCCAGCGCCCCGACAGCGGCCACACCGUCAAACUCCUGCGGCAGCCGGGCACCGAGGGCUCCCAGGUCCGUGGCUGUGACCAUUAUGGCAUCUACCACACCAGUCCCACGCUGGGCAGCCUGGUCAAGCCAGUGGUGCUGUGGACCCAGCAGGAUGUGUGCAAAUGGCUGAAGAAGCACUGCCCACACAACUAUCUCAUCUAUGUCGAGGCGUUCUCCCACCACGCCAUCACAGGGCGAGCGCUGCUGCGGCUGAACGGGGAGAAGCUGCAGCGCAUGGGGAUCGCGCUGGAGACGCAGCGCCAGGAGGUGCUGCAGCAGGUCCUGCAGCUCCAGGUGCGCGAGGAGGUUCGGAACCUGCAGCUGCUCAGCCAAGCUUCUUUUGGAAAUGUCUCCUAG